AUGUCUAGGCUCGGAAGGACUCAGCUUCUGGCUACAGGACAGGUGAAGAGGUCGGCCGCUGACCACACGGCGGUGAUCAAGAACUUGACGAAACGCAAUAAACACUCCGCCGCAAGUGCUACAACUGUCGCCACAACCGCCGCAACUGCUGCCGUCGCUGCUGCAACUGCUGCCGUCGCCGCCGCCGUCGCCGCUGUCGCCGCCUCGGACAUCGACGAGAUCGAGAACAUGACGGACACAGCGGCUGCGACGAACACCCAAAAGCGGGCCAAUUUCUCGGCGUUGACCGUCGCCAACCCUAACGGAGUCAACAAAAUUUCGCCGAGUUUAGCGAGCGCAAAGCCAGGCUCGGCUAGGAAGCUCGUCAUCAAGAAUUUCAAAAAUAAACCAAAACUACCAGAAAAUUACCAGGAACAAACAUGGGAGAAAUUACGAGAAGCUGUUGUUGCGAUACAAACUAGUAAAAGUAUUCGUUACUCCUUGGAAGAACUUUACCAAGCUGUGGAAAAUAUGUGUAAUCAUAAAAUGGCAUCCACGUUGUAUGCAAAUUUAACAGAACUCACUGAAUCACAUGUUAAAGCCAAUAUAGAACAAUUCUUGGCAGAGUCGAUGGACAGGCACAUCUUCUUAAAAAAAAUGAAUGAAUGCUGGCAGUCCCACUGUCGACAGAUGAUUAUGAUUAGGAGUAUCUUUUUGUACCUGGAUAGGACUUAUGUCUUACAAAAUCCCAGCAUUUCGUCUAUUUGGGAUAUGGGAUUACAUCUAUUCAGACUGCAUAUCGUCCUAAAUAAUUUAGUUCAAACGCGUACGGUUGAAGGACUUCUAAUGCUAAUAGAGAAAGAACGUCAAGGCGAUACUGUGGACCGAACUCUUCUCAAAUCUUUACUCAGAAUGCUGUCCGAUCUGCAAAUCUACCAAGAGGCCUUUGAAACCAAGUUCCUGGUGGCUACAGAAAGGCUGUAUGCUGCAGAGGGUCAACGACUGAUGAAUGAACAUGAUGUUUCUGAGUAUCUUGCACAUGUUGAUAAACGACUUCAGGAAGAAAAUGAGAGACUGUUACAUUACCUCGAUACAUCCACGAAAUGGUCACUCAUACACACUGUUGAGAAACAAUUGCUGUCUGAGCAUAUUUCAAGCAUUUUGCAGAAAGGUUUAAGUGGCUUAUUGGAUGAAAACAGAAUCAGCGAUUUAUCGUUACUUUAUAAUUUGUACAGUCGUGUAAAGAAUGGUCUCGUGGAACUGUGUUUGAACUUCAAUAGUUAUAUUAAGAAGAAAGGAAAGACGAUAGUGAUAGAUCCAGAAAAGGACAAAACAAUGGUCCAGGAACUUUUGGACUUUAAGGAUAAAAUGGAUAAUAUCGUGAACACGUGUUUCCAUAGGAAUGAAAAGUUUGCCAAUAGUUUGAAGGAAGCUUUCGAAGCGUUUAUAAACCAGCGGGCGAAUAAACCUGCAGAACUCAUAGCAAAGUUUGUAGAUUGCAAAUUACGUGCUGGAAACAAGGAAGCAACGGAGGAAGAGCUAGAACGGUUGCUCGACAAAAUAAUGGUGCUGUUCCGUUUUAUUCACGGAAAGGACGUUUUCGAGGCGUUUUACAAGAAAGAUUUAGCAAAACGGCUAUUAGUAGGCAAGUCGGCAUCUGUUGACGCUGAAAAAUCAAUGUUGUCGAAGUUGAAGCAAGAAUGCGGCGGAGGAUUUACUAGCAAACUGGAAGGAAUGUUCAAAGAUAUGGAACUUAGUAAAGAUAUUAAUAUCGCAUUCAAGCAGUAUGCAGGAAAUCUUCAAAAUGAAAUAACAGCUAGCAAUUUGGAUUUAACGGUAUCCAUACUCACAAUGGGUUAUUGGCCAACGUAUCCCGUCAUGGAAGUAACAUUACCAGCUGAGAUGGUUCAGUAUCAAGAUGUUUUUAACAAAUUCUAUCUGGGUAAACAUAGUGGAAGAAAAUUGCAAUGGCAGCCAACAUUGGGGCAUUGCGUUCUCAAGGCGUGGUUCAAUCAGGGUAACAAGGAACUACAGGUUUCAUUGUUUCAAGCCUUGGUACUAAUUCUAUUUAAUGAUGCUGACAACUUGUCCUUGGAGGAUAUUAAGGCUGCUACGAACAUUGAAGAUGGAGAGCUGCGAAGAACUUUACAAUCUUUAGCCUGUGGGAAGGCUAGAGUUCUGCAAAAGAAUCCACGAGGAAGAGAUGUUGCGGAUAAUGAUAGAUUUGUCUUCAAUGCCGAAUUCACUAACAAGCUCUUCCGUAUUAAAAUUAAUCAAAUCCAAAUGAAGGAAACGAACGAGGAACAAAAAGCAACUGAAGAAAGGGUAUAUCAGGACAGACAAUACCAGAUAGACGCAGCAAUUGUCAGAAUCAUGAAAAUGAGAAAGACACUUACACAUAAUCUCCUUAUUAGCGAGCUCUACAAUCAAUUGAAAUUCCCCGUAAAACCAGCAGAUUUGAAGAAACGAAUCGAGUCUCUGAUAGAUCGUGACUAUAUGGAACGAGAUAAGGACAAUUCAAAUCAGUACAACUAUGUCGCGUAACCUCAACCGAAUGCCAAAGUCAAAACGAGCUGGGUUAAAUUUACGUUUCUUAGUAAAAAAUCAACAGGUCAAUUUCGGUGUAUGCUCGUGUUAAUUGUGAAGGAUUGGAGAAAACAAGUGAGGAAGAUCAAACUGGAAUAAGACGAUUGACGGAUUAUCAAUUUGACAUUGCGCAACUUCGUCAAAUCCAACUGAAAAAAAAGCUACUUCGCGUUACAUAUACUGUAUCGAUGUCGAUCUCGAUGUGACAAAGCUUCAAUGAGAAAUCAUGAGACAUCGUGCUCACUGACAAUUAGUCUGAAGACUUAACGUUCGGACAGCAUAUAGAACGUCUACUGGCAAUUUUGAGUAUAGUGUCGCCACCUGUUAUAUCGUUUGUCUUAUUUUUUGGGUUUUGCUAAGAAAAAAAAGAAGAAAAAUGAAGAUAUUACAGAAAAAUAAUGGACCACACGUAAAGAUCUUCGACAACACGUUGAUUUAGAGAUGUGUCGACAGUUUUUUAAUGAGAUGCAGUUUUUCACAGUAUAUUAAGAAUUAAAUGAGUAUAGUGGAAAAUGGAAUAUAAUAUAAUACUGUGACUCUCUGCAAUGACAAUAGUUUAAGGAUGAAAACGCAAUAUAACGUUAACGCGAGAUGAGAAACGUCAUAGUGCUCCUUUUCAAAGAAAAUAACGAUUAAAAAUAUUUAAAAAUUCGUACACGGUGUAGCUUCGUACUGGAGUGAUCCAGCCCUAAAAUGUGAAGAAAAUUCGUUAAUCUUUGAACUAAUUUGGAUACUAAAGACAAAUAAUCUGAGUACGUGAAUGAUUUGAACAGAUACCGAUGGGAAUAAUUCUUCCGUGAUUCUUAGGUACUUCGUUAAACACAGAGACUUUAAAGACCAUGGAUGACAGUUUGCUAAUUAAUAAAGUACGUUCAUAAAUGUUCACAACUGAGACUGAACAAAUUCUCAUAUUAAGAAAUAAUGUAAUACUGAAAAGUGGCUGAAGUUAAUACCUUGCAAUGCAGAGUAAUUUGGCACUUGUUUUUGUUUUAUCAUAAUCCAGAAAGUCAGCUAUUCCUUUUGAAAUUCGAAUUUACUUCCAUUCUAUUUUAAUAAAAUUGUAUUAAAUAGGCGCUAUAUGUGAAUCUAUAAUUUUCAGGUUUUUUUUUUUACGUUUUUACCUUAGUCCACGUUGCUAUUUCAAAUGAUUUGUCUGAUUUUUUGUUAUUUCUACUUAUCUUGUGUUUUAGGUACUUUCAUUACAUCAGUUACUUACAUUAACAUCAGUGCAAUGUACUCAAAGUCAUUAAUGACUAAUGUAUUUGUAGCUGAUUUUAUAAGGAUUCGAUAGAGUAACUUUGGUACAGUAGAUAGAUUUGACUGCAAUAUAUGUAUUAUGACAGUUUCUUCCUUUUUGCUUUUCAUUUAGAACUUGUCAUUUUGAUCUUACAUUAUUUAAGAAGCCACAUAUAUGAAAUAUACUUCGAUUAAUCAGUGAGCAGUGAUUGCUUUUAAUGUCAGUUGGACAAGUCUUAAAGCAUUUUUACUCUGUGUUGCAAAGUUUAUUUUCAAAAAUGCUCAAAAGCUAAGGAGAUUGCAAUCUCGAAUAAAAACAAACAAAAAAUUUCUACAAUUUUGAGAAACAACAGGAAGCUAAUACUAUUCAUAGGAAAUGAGACAAGAAAGCCAGAUUACAUCAGAUAUUCGACAAUUAAUUGGUAGCUACAGUGAUUAACCUUUAGACCAGCUUAAGAUCGCAAACCCUCUCAAUUCUAAUUUCUAGUGUAAUCUAAAAAGCUAUAUAUGAAAAAUCGUGUAAAAAGAUGUGUCCAGUGUUUUUGUGAAUAAUAUGAGAGUAAUAACUAAAAGAAAAAAAAAAGGGAAAAGAAACAGUAAAAAACCUUAAUGAUAUACCGAGAAGUAUGUGAGAGUUAAGAAGAAAAAAACAUGAAUAAAAAAGAAUAUAAACAGAACUGCGUAAUGUAGGAACUGAUUGUUAUUGAACAAGAAGAAUACUUACAAUUAACAUUAUUAUUCAUGCGAAUUAUUAAAUGAAACAUUGAGCGGCUUAUGAUUUCGUCUUGGCGACGAUUAUUUAUCGAUUAGCUUUAGUUGCUGAGAUUUUUAAGAACUGAGAAAAGCGUUACUGAUUGAACCAUAAAAAGGUUGUAAUAUUCGAUCCAAAUCUCGGGAAAGAGAGUGAAAGAGUUUCACUAUAAAUUAUUUGAAUUAAAUACAAGGCGCUGAUUAUAUCUCUGACACAAACGUAGUACAAAGUAACGCGAGUUGAUGUUGGAGAGAUUAUUAUUAUCAUUACUCAUAUUAUCCAAAUUCUACUGUAUGAAAUUUUUAAUGGUCCACUCUUUAAUAAAAAUUUAAAAGUGGCAUAACCAUUAUGCAAUCUUGGCGUACGCUACCGCAAUUGAGUUGAAUAUUUCAAACUGUACUCGUGCUCAGCAUUUAAACAGUAAAUCUGCCCACAGCUUUUGAAUAAAAAAAUAUUCGUUAAUUAUUAUCCAUCCUCCAUGGAUGAACCUAAGCUUACAUGAAAAGCUUAAAGGAGAUACUGCCGUCAAAUCUCAGGACGUCGAAGAAGGACAAGUGCUAUUGUCUCGCGCAUUACUUUAUACUGCCUUUGAUCCGAAUAAGUAAGCUACGCUACGAAACUUAUUUUUGUGUAACAUUUCGUAGAAUUUGUCAAGAUUGUAAAUAGGGUAAGGUUCC